CUUUUGAAGAGUUCACCGUGCGUUUUUGUUUACCUUUUCUAUUUUGAAGUGGAACACUCAUAUGUGAAAUAUUUCUGACUAACUAUCGCUGUUUCAUUGUCAAGUGAUUCGAUCGAAGUUCAGUAAAAUGCGACGAAAUUUUGUUAAUUUAUCGCGUAUCUGUUCAAGAAGCCUGUCCUGCAAUAUUGAAAUCGAAAAUCAUUCAGUCUUGAAGCGUCUUAAUCAAUAUAGAGCUGCGACCGAUUCGCAGCAAAAUUAUGUUUGUGGAAUUCCAUUCACAACAAUACGAUGCUAUACCGAUACCAGAGCAACUACUUGCUGGAACUGUCAUCGACCAACGGAUAUUAUUCCCGUCGGUACAAAAGAAUCAUUUUUUUGCUCGAGUUGUGGCAGUUUGCAGGAAAUGAACAAAACUUAUAACUAUUUUUCGCUCUUUGGAAUCGAUGAACAAUUUCUGGUCGAUCAAAGUGAGCUAACUAAAAAAUUUCGUGACUUCCAGAGUGUCCUUCAUCCGGAUAAGUUCAGUAACAAAAAUGAAAUCGAGCAGAAUCUGUCGGCCACAAUUAGUUCACUGGUAAAUAAAGCGUACAAAACGCUCUUGACGCCAAUCAAACGUGCCGAAUACAUUCUAGGACUGAAAGGCAUUACGAUACCCGAAGACAACAAUGCUGUCGACAAGGAAUUUUUAUUUGAAAUUAUGGAACGGAAUGAAGAGGUCGAAGAUGCCAACGAUGCUGAUGAUUUAAACAAAUUGUUGGUUCGCGUACAGGACGACAAGGAAAAAUAUUUCGCCGAAUUCGAUGUGAAUUUUAGAAAUGGUGAUUUGCUGGUUGCUAAAGCUACGUUGAUUUUGUUGAGAUACUACGGUAGCCUUGAGACAAGUAUUAAAAAUAAAUUAAGUAAACUCAACUGAACGUUAUAGCGCAGAUACUCAUGGUGAGAGUGGUUGAUUUUGUUAUUGUAAAUUAAUCGAGCUACAGUCACAUUCGCUCUGUGAAAUAAAAUGAAUUUUCGAUCGAA